CUUGUGUACUAAGCUUUGUGUAUUUAUAUGUUUUUUUACAAUCAAGAGGCUGGUCCGUAUUACAUACGCAUAUCCUCUAUAUACAAUUUUUUAACUGACAAUAUAAAAUGAAUUUGAAAUUUUGAAUACAACAUUUUAACUGACAAUAAUUAAUUACAUUAUUGCAAACCAUAUUCAAAACUUAAGAAAUACCUACUUUUCUAAAAGACCAUGAUGUAGCCCACAUCAUCUUAUAUCUUUGUGGGGAUUAGAGUGUAUGUAACCUUUCUUCUUACUUAUAUAUUCAAAUAUGGUUGAAAUUAAAUGAUAUGAUCUGUGGGAUAGAAACUGAGAUAAAAAAAAAAAGAAGUGAUUUAGAUUGUUAUGAACCUAUAGCACCAAAUAACACUCUAACUUAAUCUCAAUACAAAUUCUUCUUCUCCAACGUUCUAAAACCACCGAUGACUAAAUACUUCGUCUUCGGUUUUGGGGAUGAUUUCUAAUAAAAAUGAGAGCAAAGUUGACCAUUUGUUAAUAAAGCAAGGGGUAUUUCUAAAACGGAGUAAAAUAAUUUUUUCUCACCCAUUGGAAAUCAACCGAAUCAUAUAGACAAAAAUGCACAUGUGUCGUGAUAAGGCAAAGCACACAACACCACGUCUUCUAAAUUGUAGAUAAGAACCCUGUAGAAUUUAAUAGUUAGGAAAACUGAUAAACAAACAAAAGAUACCAAGUCAGUAGAUAUAGUAAGCAGGAAAGACAUACUUUUAUCUUCGUGUGAGUUAAUCAACGGUCUCCUAGGAAGCACAAAUCUAAUGAUAACCGGUGUGUAGUCGUAUGAUGGGUGCAAUAGUCCGAGCCUUUUCUUUGUAUCAAUUUCUCAGAGUUGAUGAAUAAACAAAUUGUUCAUGAAGGUCUUAAACCUCUCAUAUUAAUUUCAACGGACUUCAUGACGUCAAUUAACGAAGAAAACAAUCUAAGGAUGACAAUAUAAUCAUCACUAAGAUGGAAAAGGUCAAAACCAGAGCACUACCUUUGAGCCCCAGUUCAUAAUUAAAUCAAUACUGAAAUGUGUUACUGCUCCAGUAGGACUGAAGAGAAUGGGAAGUUUUAUGCAGGGUCUCUUCGCAGGCUUUGUAUCAAAAUCUAUUCUUCGAAGGCUCUCUAUUUAUUAGAGGUAGGUCUUGGAUAUGCUUUUGGGAAUCUGCAGUCGGCUAAUAUAAUGAAGGUGAAAUCCAUAAAGAAUCUGAAGGGAUCGCGUUUAGUAAGUAACUUUAAUUGGUGGUGUUUAUUACUGGAUUUGUAACUGAGAAGACGAAUUGGAAGAGUCUGAGACAAAUAUUAUUAGAGUUAGGCGAGAUUGAUAUGGGCCACUACGAAGUUUUUUGCAGCCCACAGUGAGCCAAAUUUAAUCUGUUUCACGUAAAGACAAUAUGACGUGGUAAAAUAGAAAUAGCUGAUUGACUGAUUUUUUAAUCCUACAUGGCAUGCUCUCCUUUGAGUUUAUCUCCCUUUUAGUAUAGUAUAUAGAUAUUUAGAUUCUUAAUAUGCAUUAUCCUUAUCCAAAAACACAAUUUGCUCGCCACAUGUAAAUAUAAUACAAAACAGUUUUUAAGAAAAAAAUACAAAACAGUUGAAUCCUGAAGCGUGAAAUAUGAACAGUCCACUAAAUAAAAGAGAAAUAAAAGAAAGUCAAAACCACCAAAAGUUUCUGAUCUUACGGUUAAUUCUUAUCUGUGAUUUAACGUAAUUAAAAAGUCUUAAAAUCCCAAGGUUUAUUCCUCCAACUAAGUCCCGAUAUUUGCUGUAACCAUAUGGAAUGGAACUAGUUGUCAAACAAAGUUUUUAUUUAAAAAAGAAACAACUCGCAACAAGAAUUGGUUUAAUUUACAAUAAUCAAAUUAAUAUGUACCUAGGACUUAUCGGUUCUUCUCUCUACCAUCCAUGAUUCCGUUUUACAGUUACUGUAAGUCUGCAAAGAUUAAAAAAUGUUUUAAGUAAUCAAAAUAAUUGCACGAUCUCCCAUUUGUUUUUAUUCUACGUUUUCUAUUUUCCAUUUUUGUUUACCUUUGUUUUGUUCUUCUCUUUCGUUUGUGGUUCUCACGCUCUUAUGAUAAUUAAUUCAACAAUGAAACUACAAUGUGAGUUGUUUUAUUCAAUUAAGCCUUUGAGUUUUCUUCACGCACAGACUUAUUCAUUUUUCAUUUUUCCUUUUACUAAAUACAGGUUUGUCCAGCGCCGGCACUGACCACAAUUGUCAUUAGUAUUGGUACUUAUGAUUAAGUGGUGUUCGAUUUUUCGAAGUUUUUUUUUUCUCUCACAUGAACAAAGAUCAUUAACUCUGUCUGGAUUUGUGUUAAACGCAUUUAUUUCUCACAAUCAUUUUCAUUUACAGAAGCACAUUGUCGAAGAGAAACGCUGAAGGCAUAUAUGAGUGUCUAUGAACACAUGAUCGAGGAAAUUCACAAACAGAUACAUUAAAAGAAGAAGUGAUAAGACGGAUAUUAUUGGAGAUGAAUUUCACAGAAUCGAUGAACGUUGUGCACAGUAGAAUCCAACAACUUGAACCUGAAAAUGCAUCAAAAAUCAUCGGUUAUCUCUUGAUGCAAGACCAUGGGGACCUUGACAUGAUCCGUCUCGCCUUCUGUCCAGAUUCUGUGAUGCAUUCCAUGAUCAACUUCGUGAAAUACGAAUUAGCUAAAGAUCCUCGUUACAACAGCCCUCCUUCUGAUCACGCUUCUACGCUUAGUUUCGGAUCAUUCACUGGUUCAUCUAUCCAGCCUCCCUCCGUUUCGGUUUCUCCUCCUCUGAGAACCGGUUAUUGGGAGAACUCAACCGAGGUGGAUUCGUUGCAUAGCAAUGUUCAGUUCUUGAACUUUGAGGAUUCUAUGACGAGCCCUGAGUUCUCUAAUGGAUUCUUCUCUCGAGAUCAUCAAUGCUUGCCUUUAAGAACAAGCAGGAGAUCACCAAGUUUACCCGAGUUUCCAGUAAAAAUAUGUCAUUACUUCAACAAAGGGUACUGCAAACAUGGCCACAACUGCCGGUAUUUCCACGGGCAGAUCAUACCGGAGAGAGAGGGUUUCUCUCAGAUGUUUAAUCCAAACAACUUAAGUGAUGAAGAACAUGUUGUUUCUCCCGGAUCACUUGAGAAACUAGAAGGAGAGAUCAUCGAGCUGCUCAAAUCGAGAAGAGGCGCUCCAAUUUCCAUUGCUUCAUUGCCAAUGAUGUACUAUGAAAAAUACGCAAGGACCCUUCAAGCUGAAGGAUAUCUCACAGAGUCACAAAGACAUGGCAAAGCUGGCUAUAGCCUCACCAAGCUUCUUGCUCGCUUGAACAACACAAUCCGCCUCAUCGAUAGGCCUCAUGGUCAACAUUCGGUCAUAUUAGCAGAAGAUGUAUCCAAGUUUGUGGAAUACAUGGGAGAGAGAAACGAACAUGGAGCCAUCCUUACUGGUUCCAGGCAGAUUUACUUGACCUUUCCAGCAGAGAGUAGUUUCACUGAACAUGAUGUCUCAAACUACUUCUCUAAAUUCGGACAUGUUGAAGAUGUGAGGAUUCCUUGUCAACAGAAGAGAAUGUUUGGAUUUGUAACAUUUGUUUACACAGAAACCGUCAAACUCAUUCUCGCUAAAGGCAAUCCUCAUUUCAUAUGCGGGGCCCGUGUUCUCGUCAAGCCUUACCGGGAAAAAUCACGCUCUAGUCGAUACCUUGACAACAACAAGCCUCUUCACAGGAUGCGGUAUGGCUCUCAAUACAUUGACAGAGACUUGGAGAUGAACACAUUGCCACCACGAGUUAGCGAGAGCUCAAGACUAAUGAGGAAGCAGUUUCUUGAGGAACAUGAGCAAUCAGUUUCGAAGUCUUUACCUACCAAUUACUCUUAUCUUGGCUUCUCCGAUGACUUCAGGAUAACAUCAGAUGCGGAGCAAGAGGAACAAGUAGGACGGUUGUGCUAUCUGCUGGACUAUUUGAACACUGAAGAAAAUGUCAUGAACAUAACCACAAACUACAAAGACACUGAUCGGAGAAUCCAUUGUGAUCCUUUGGACAACCAAGUCUUGAACUUACCAGAGAGUCCUUUUUCUUCCCUUUCUGGGAAGGAGAUUUCGACAGUUACCUAGAGAUGAAGAGAUUAAUAACUAACCAAAAGGGAGAAGAAGAUAGGAACAUAAAGGUUAGAGGAAAUUCCCAAAUAUCUAAUAAUCAUCCAGUCCGCAAAAAGAGUCUUCUUUAUAUUCUUCUUGCCUGGAAACCUUAGCAUCAUUAGCAAUAAUAACGCCUAAGAGAUAAAAAAAAGAAGAAGAGAGGUGACAGACACUUUCGUUACUACAGCAUGCGCCUAGCAGAGGGACAUAAAAGUACAGGGGUUUCAUUAAUAAUUGAAAUCUUUCAAAAGGUUUACUUUUCUGUUUCAUUCUCUCUUAUCAACUUUUAUGAUGUUGAUAGAACAUAUCUCAUUGUAACAUAUGACAAUCAUUCUAGUUUUAAAAACCAAGGUUUAAUGUUUGCUGGUAUAGUUUCUUCAAGUUUUAACUAGAAAUUACUGCCAUCAAUAUUAAUAUAGACUCUCGUCCAUAAAAGACCAAUACAAAUGUUUAGUUUGAUGAAAGUAAAAGUAAAAUACAUGUUAUUCUUCCAUCAUCUGCAAUAUCUAAACGCAAGUUUGGAACUAAAUUAUGAUACGACAACAAAUACUGAUACAAUCAAUAGGCUACACGCCCCGAUUCAAAACAAGAGAAAAAAAUGUUAUACUAUUCUAGACAUCAAGUAAUUUUUAAACUAAUUAUUGGAAUUCAAGUGUUUUGUAUUAAUUUUACUAGGGUUAUUGUAAUUGUGAAUUUUACGUUUUGAGUUGUUUUUCAAGUUUUUUUUUGUUUAUAGGGUUAGAGUUGUGAUGAUGAACUGUGUAUGCAUUGUUUUCCACUUAUGAAGGACUAAACUGUGUUAGUAAUGUGAUUGAUAUAGUUCGGGUUGUUGUUUACUGUGUCACUGAGACUUAUUGUUUGUUUGUCUUUUUAAUUUGAAUUUUGUAAUGUUGAUAGUACAUAAAUUAUAUUAAAGUUGUUGAGAGCUUUAAUGCACCUAUUGGAGCUGUUCAAACACCUCACCUUGAUCAUAGGAGGGGAAGUGAGCCUGAAACUCAAGAAAAUGGCCAAGAUGGAGCCGGCUUGAGUGAGGAAGGAGAAGAGAGUAACUCAGGCUCUCAUCAUCAAGGUGAGCAAGGCCAAGGAGAUGUAGAAGCUCAGGCUGAAGUACAAGAACCGAGUGUCCAAGAUGAUCUGGUUCAAGAGCAACCAUUAUUGAGGAGAAGCACAAGGCUGAGGAAGGAUCCUUCUAGCUGGGUAAACACGAGAGUGUACUACAAUGCCCAG